AUGUCUUGGUUAUUGGGAUCUUCAAAAAAAGAGGAGCAGCCAGCGGCUCCAGCACCAUCGUCACUUCCGUUUGACCCCUCCACUUUGACCGAUAUUUCAGUCUUGAACGAAACAUCCCGUUUGCAUCCGCUCGCCGGUCUCGAUAAAGGCAUCGAGUAUUUAGAUCUAGAAGAUGAAGCGCUUUCAUCGCUAGAGGGCUCUCAAGGUGUGAUCGCUUCCAGAGGCUGGUCCGACGAUCUGUGUUACGGAACAGGUACACUAUAUUUACUCGGCUUAGGUGUUGGUGGAGCCUAUGGGCUUUCCGAAGGCAUAAACGCAAUUCCAAAGGGUGAAAAUGUUCCAGGAAAGUUGAAGCUGAAUACUAUUCUGAACCACGUCACAAAGCGUGGUCCUUUCCUGGGUAACUCCGCUGGUGUUCUGGCUCUUUCAUAUAAUCUGAUCAACAGUUCUCUGGAUGCCUUCAGAGGAAAGCACGACGACUUGAACUCUCUGGCGGCAGGUGCUCUAGCAGGUGCUCUUUACAAGAGUUCCAAGGGUUUGAAGCCAAUGGGGAUUGCUUCCGCCGUGAUGACUGUCGGUGCAGGUGCUUGGUGUGGCCUGAAACGCUACUUGGUGUAG